GUUUAAUUUAUACAGACAGACAAAGAAGGAAACAUGCCAAGUUUCAUAAAAGUUUUCUCGUGCUCCCGUCAAAAAGGAGGAGCAAUUGAUCCCAAGUCAGCUCGAAAAGAGGCAGAACUUAUUGAAACCAUGCAUCAGAAUCCUGGAAUUAAUGGUUUAGAUCUGGUGGAGAAAUGCUUUGGGCCACAAAAGCAUGGUGGUAUAAUUGGAUAUGGAAGUGGGAUAACACCAAAGGAUUUAAGGACACCAAGAAAUGAAAAGAAUCCAGAGGUUGAGGCUCAACUUCAACGCAGUGAGGAAGAAAAGGCUGCUCUAGAAGAGAAAAAUGGAGCCCUUGAAGCUGAAAAGGCAGUUAUUGCAGCUGAGAAGGAAGCACUAUUUCAUCGUUUAAAUAACAUGGAGUCUAAUUAUAUGGUUGAGUUAAGGAGCUUGAGAGAAAUGGUCAUGCUCCAACAAACUACUUGGAGUUCGUUGCACCGACCACAUGACAACCAUAAUCAAUAUAUAUAAUCAGGUGUUCAUAUGUUAAUGAAUUUCAAUGGACAAGGAAGCAUCCAGAUUAUCUAUAUGCUGGAUGGUUUUUGUGCUUUUAUCCUUCAAGAACGUGUGAAGCUCAUAUCUCUUGUCCAUCAUUUUGAGAUGAAGUUCAAAAGUAGAAAUUGUUAGAUUAUUAUCUAAUUCUAUAUUGAACAAUAUCAGUGUAAAGAUUUUUAACUUCGGUUCAUACUAGUGAAAAGUAUUUCAUUCUGUUAUGUGUCUAUAUAUGCAUACCAAUGGGAUAUUCAUUUACAUUGUUUAUUAAUUACGAGGGGGAUUCAGUUAUUUUAUAACUUAUAACGACGAGAUAUCCAUCAAAAUUCUUCAUUAAUAAUGAGGGGAUUCAGUUACUUGU